AUGUCCGAGUCGCAGGAAGUCUCGGGAUACCGAAACAGGGCCCGCGUGGGGAUAUCGCUCAUAGAUAUCGCCCCUCCUUCCAGGGGAUUGUCGAUGGACAUGCAUGAUCCCGCAUGGCCCUCGUGUAUCCCCGGCGAACACAUGGUCCCCGAGAACCUGUCGGCCUUCAAUGUGGAACGCAGCGGAGAUGUCGUUCCUCCCUCUUGCCACAUGCAGGAGCCGCCCUUGGCCAGCGAUCGGGUGUCAUUCAACAGGGGAAAGCUGCAGCUCAACCGCCACAUGGCCAGGGGGUGGGGUAUGGAGAGCGAAUUGAAAGGACGGAGGAAACGGCGUGGUUGGCAAUCUCUGCAUGGCUGUGGCGGCGACGAAACCGGACGAACGGCGAACUCGAAGAAGCCGAGGCAUCGGCCCUCACCGACGAGUGCCCCCAUCGUCUUUCAAUGA